GUCUUUCUAACGUCCAUUAACCAAUUCUUCUUACCAACGGCUAUGGAGUCACCUACAGAACGGCCACUACAAUCACGUCCGCUCUCGCAAAGACGUUCAAAACGACAACAGCGAAAGGCUUGUGAUCUCUGUCGUUACCGAAAGGUACGGUGUGACAUAGUCGACAGAUCUGGUGGACCAUGCUCCGUCUGCGAGAGGUCCGAGAUCGAAUGCCGAUCUACCACUCAAUGGGCGAAACCGAAUCGUCAGGCACCGCAAGCUCGCCGUGGUCGCCCUCGGCAGGUAGAUGGGCACUCAUCUGCUUGUACUGAAACUACAAUGUUACUAAAGUCUACUCAGCUUGAUGACCGUGGUGAUGAUAUUCCAGAUUGUGAUAGCUCAAAGAGCCUUCGGCGAAGUGAAAGAACGCCAUUGAUACUGGGUGUAGCGGCCUCAUCUCCCAUUCACCCAUCUUCUCUCGUCAAUUGUGCAACAGUACAAGAAUUGGGAGGCGAAAGAGAGAAUUUUGCCCGGAGUGGAUUGGCUCGCUUUUUCAAGCAUGGAAUCAACGCAGGAGCAUGGGGCGUAUUCGAGUCAUUGAACAGCUUCCGUAUCGCUUACGUCGAUGGUGUCAACAUCGGUAACGAUCUGGACGGAAACGACAAUGUCGUUCAUUAUCCGUAUCCUCCAAUUCGCCCAAAAAAUGGAUGGAAACCAGGACCAGACGCAUGGAGCGGUAUGUUAGCCCACGAUCUUGCGACGGAGGUCUCGUCAUUCCCAUCCUUAGAGAUACGUGAUGCUUUGGUGGAUGCGUACUUCCAGCACGUUCACCCGUUCCAUCCUAUUGUCUCUAUGCCUGAGUUUCUGGCAGCGUACAGAUCAAAAGAUAAACCUCCACCACUCUUACUAUUUCAAGCGGUGCUAACAGCUGGAGCCCACGCUUGCUCACACCCUUUAGUCGCCAGCUCGCGACAUGCCGUGAAAAGAACUCUCUUUCGCCGUGCAAGCAUGCUCUUUCACAUGCGUCAUGAGACAGACCGAGCAUAUCUUAUGCAGGCUGCAAUCUUGUUUACUCGUCAUAUGGGUGACGGCGAUACCGUUACUGGUGGACCCUGGUACUGGAGCGGGAUUGCAGUCCGCAUUGGAUGUGGCCUUGGGAUGCACCGAUACAGCUCCACUUUACCUCCGUUAGAGGCUUCACAAUAUAGACGUUGCUGGUGGUCAGCAUUUGUCUGUGAAGUCUUUUCAUCCAUAGAGACCGGACGGCCAUGUGCCGUUCGCGCCGAGGACAUUGAUCAACUCCCUCUAUCUGUCGAAGAUAUGACAGACACAGCUUCUGCGAGCGACCCGGGCCUGUACCCAAACUUUAUUAUUCGGAUGGUAGAUCUUGCCCACAUCGGCCUUGAUAUUUUAGCCCUUAAUGAACCCGUUCAGCGGCGAACGGUCGACGUGCACGGUAUUAAUGCCCGCUUGUGCCAGUGGGCUCUAGAAUCUGGUACAUUCUCUUCGUCCAUCGAGGAAGGCUCGUGGGACUAUCAACUGCAAAUGCACUAUAAUCUCAUGCUGUUACAUCUCCAUCGGAACUUUUCCACGGAACUCAACAGUCAAGAUGUAUGCUCUGUAGCGGCUAAAACCAUUACUAGAUCUCUCGAAAAACUGGCGGACCUGGACUGCCUUUGUCAAUGCCACUUCACCGCCGUCAGCGCUGUCACCGCGGCUGGGAUUCAGCUCGCUAAUGAGAUACGCUUAGCAGUCACUGUAGGGUCGUUCCUCGUGGCCAUCAACGGCCUCGAAAAUCUGAACAGACUACUUCGAUCCACCAAUUUAUUAGCUGGUUAUUGGCCCAAUGCAGAAGCAGUGCAUAGCAUGUUCAAGGAAAUAUAUCACGAAUACAAGUCAUACGUUACUCAGGGUCUACAAGGGGAGCCGGUUAUGGUUUCUGAAAACCAACCAGACUGGUAUCGCUUGUUGGCUGAAGCUCAGCCGGUUAUGUCUAAUUUUGUUCCUCCGGAUUGGAUGAGUAUUGUUAAUGAGUCGUACCCAAUAUAA